AAAUCGACCAACUAUAUGCUGAAAAAUUAUUUUAUACGCAUUAACUCCUUGGUAAAUGUGUGAGAUUUGGUCACCCGUACGGAACAGCCGGUAGAUACGUAUAUAUACUGUCUGUAUCCCAAAAGAAUCCGGGAGAGUUGGCACAGAUGCUAACAGCUUAGAAAAAAUGCACCCGUGCAAGUUGACCUUGAAUACAGAUCACAAGAUGGUCACCAGAUACACUAAAAUUAACCACUUAGUAAUGAGGGGAUUGAGUUUCACAACAUAAGGAAAUUGUUAGGUCACCUUAAAACAGUUCGCCAAGGAAGUUACCAGCAGACUACAACAAGACGAUCAAACUAUCAAGAGAUGUUCGAUACAAUGGCUCUCUGGGCAAUCGCUUUUAAAGGACUUUCAACGCCCAAUCCAUUCCGAGGUUAUGACUUUCGUCUCGAUCAGUGGAGCGAGGUUCCUGUCCCUCAGGAAUCUGGAGGUUCUGCAGGACAAAAAACUAAGGUUCAGGAAUCAAUAAAGAUCGCCUCUGUGCUGCUGAGGCACUAUAAACCAGAAGAAAUCUCGCUUGAGGUUGACAACGAAAAGGUCAUCGUACAUGGCCAGCAUCGACUUGGAAAGAAAGAUGGAUCCGAGAAAAGCGAACUCAAGAGAGUCUUCAAACUCCCUCACGAUGUCGAUCCAACAACUGUGACGUCAAGCAUUGCCCAAAAUGGGGGCGCGCUCAUAAUCCAGGGCAUGAAACGAGUGGAAAAAAAAGCAAACAACAACAAAUUUGAGGCCAAGUUGGAUUUCAGAGGUUGUAGACCAGAAGAGAUCAAGAUCCAACUGCGAAGAAAUGAGUUGACCGUCAGUGGGAAACACAUCUCCGGACAUCAACUGUCACGUGAUUACAGCCGUCGCAUUCUGCUGCCUGAUGACGUAGAUCUCGGCUCAGUGACGUCACACUUGACAAAAGACGGUCUCCUGACGAUAAAAGCGAUACGUGAUCUACAGAGAACCUUCGAUAUCACCGUGGAAACUGGAGAACCGGGCGAGAAAACCAACCAAACGACAAACGCGGAUGCAACUGCAAACUACGUGGUUUGAUACUGACAAAAGAGCGAAUUAGUCAUUUGACUUUUAUUUAAUAUAUUAAUUUAAUUCAAUUUCAAGUCAGGUUUAACCGUGUUAUUUUAAGAGAUUAAUUAUGGGCGAUGGAAAAUUCUGUUUUUAUGUCGCACCGUACAAUGAUGUGAGAUAUUUGGUGAUUACCUCGAUGGAUUCUUUUUGGAAAGAUAAAUCGCGAAUCAAUUUGUUUGAUUACACUGUUUCUUAGUAUCCACCAAGAAAAGCUGACGUCACCAUGGCUACAGGUGAGCUUGGCGAGAAUUCAAAACAAACGACGAACGCUUAAUAAGCGGCAAAAACUUACCAAACUAAGUCGAUGGAGACUUACAAAAGAGCGAAUAAGUUAUUUACCUUUUAAUUUGAGAAAUUUAUUUUAACUUAAAGCUAAUGUGCUUGUGUCAAUGAUUUGUUGUAUUCAGAUUGUAAAUUAUGUCCGAAGUAUAUAUGAGUUCGUCUAUUUUAUGCCUAGCACUAUAAUGUUCAGAAAUGAGGACGACUAUAAAACUUCCGUCAAAGUUUGCUGGUUUAAUUUUCGGAAGAUUGCUAGAAUUAAGUGUACCUUAUACUUUUCUAAAGACAUAACUUUUCGUGUAAUUUUGAUAACGUUGUAAAUAAUUUAGAUCAGCUUAUUCUUUGCUGUUUGCAUGUUUAUUAAAUACUUCACAAAAUUGGCAGCUUCUGACUUUUCAAUGGGUGAAAGGUAGAAGUAAAGUCUGCAUAAGAGCCAAGUGGCCCAUCAGGCCAGCGCUAAUGUCCGGUUUCUGUAGCAUGAAGCGACUAGGAGAAUUUCUACUCCCCCCUGGAUGGGAUACUGGUUCAUCAUAGGGUUACCACAAUAUGCAAACUUCAAUUUUGAAAACCCAAAUUGGAUGUUAGUCGGUGUGCCAUGUCAGACCAAAAUGUUGUUGAAAAAACGGAAUUCGAAAGAAAAUACGAAAAACAAGAACUUUACAGAAGCUGCACGAUCGAAUAUGAUUUAGAGCCGGAAGUGAGAGAGGUGUUUGGCGAGGUUAACCUCGCUUAAAGGUUCGUGCAAUUUUAUUAUGAACUUCCAAAGCAUCCCUCUCGGUUAUCAAUCACGAAAUGCUUUCGGCGAGUCCACUCGGCUUCAUAACCAACACUCACUGUAACCAUGAUGAUAAGCUCGUGUUCAUCUCGUGAUCGAGAUCAAUGGCUGUCCACCAGCCAAGGUCAGCAAACGGCAUAUAUCUUUCCCUGGUACUAUGGUCCCAUCCCUUAACUCUGCCUUCACCAGCCGGCCGCCCUCAGUAAUAGGACCUGAACCCAGGCGGGAGAAGAGAGCUCCAAGAUAACUUGUUGCGCAUGCUCAGAACGCCGCCAUUUCCGCCAAAAAUCAGGGGGAAAACAUACCUUACAUCCUCGAAUUAGCGCCUCCCCUCAAAUAAGGGCUCCCUAGCUUUAAAUAAGCGCCCCUCCUACCGGCCAAAAUUUGAAAUAUGCGCAUCGCCUCGAAAAAGUGCACCCUCCCCUCCCCCUAGUUUAUAGAAGAGUGCUGAGACAACAAAGAUUGCAUAGUUUUGGUCGUGUUCAAUCACAAGCAAGUGAUUAUCGACUCAUUCAAGCACUGCACAUUGACUGUCGCGACGGAUGGUAGUGAAGGUCUGCUGAUUCAUCGCCUAAAGCCCAACCAACCUUAAGCAGGUUAACCUACACCGGCUAAAGGGGUUAUACUACGUAGUUCUUCAAGAGAGACAGGAUCCUUCGGAGACUUCUGAGGGACUGACACAUACAUAUAUUAAAAAACAAACAAACAAAAAAAAACGACCACAUCUGACAAAGAUUUGGGAAGAAAUUAAA